AUGGCUGGAGAAACUUCAAACCUGUCUGUUGCUCGAAUGGGCACCGUUCAUACUCAGCGGGACAACAAGUCUAUUGCCGUUGAAUCUAAAAGUAGAACCAGUCAAUACCUUCGAUCUGUCCAGCGCUAUGUUUGGGAUGACCCUGAUAAACCCCGGAAAGAAAAAUGGUUCUUAUUCAAACUUGAUAUAUUUUUGCUCACCAUAUCCUGUUUAGGAUACUUCAGCAAGAAUCUGGACCAAGCCAAUAUAAAUAAUGCGUAUGUAUCGGGCAUGGAGGAGGCAUUGCACAUGGGCGGCAGCGAGUUGACGUAUGCUGGCAAUGUCUUCACGGCAGGCUACGUUCUUGGCCAAUUACCUGCUGUUAUCCUAGUAACCCGCGUGCGUCCUUCAAUUCUUAUACCCACGGUCGAAGUUCUAUGGUCAAUCUUUACCUUCUGCUCAGCUGCUGUAAAGACCACGUCACAACUAUAUGCUGUGCGGUUUCUUGUUGCUAUCUGUGAGGGGACCUAUUUCCCUACCAUAGUAUAUAUUCUUGGUUCUUGGUACACCAGAAGCGAACGCGGGAAACGGAUGACUAUAUUCUAUGCCACUGCAAGCUUCGCCGGAAUGUUUAGCGGUUAUCUACAAGCCGGAGCAUAUCGCGGAUUAAAUGGUGUGUUUGGUCACUCUGGAUGGCAAUGGCUAUUUAUCAUCUGCGGCGUUAUCAGUCUGCCUAUCGCCAUACUUGGAUACUUCUUUUAUCCUGACUUUCCUGAGACGACUAGAGCUUUCUACAUCACCAAAGAGGAAGCUGACUGGGCACAAAAACGACUGAUUGCUGACGGCAUGAAACCCCUCGGUGCGUCUGCCUGGGAUCGUACCAAAAUUUUCCGUAUCAUGUCCCAGUGGCAAUUCUGGGUGCUACCAAUCGGUUACUUUCUCGUACAAGGCAGCUAUCCUAACUACCAACCGGUUUUUGCCCUUUGGCUCAAAGCCACAGGUCACACUAUCUAUCAAAUUAACGUCUGGCCGACUGGUCAGUAUGCCAUCAGUGUGGUGGUGCAGAUAUUGGCAGGGGUGCUCUCGGACUCUCCGCUGCUCCGUGGAAAACGUUGGCAGACGCUUAUUGCUAUGCAAGUUCCAACCAUCUUCGGUUGCAUCGUGCUUGCUGUCUGGGAUAUUCCUAUUGGUCUUAAGUAUACGGCAUACUAUUUGACUUUUACAUGUGCUGGCGUUCCCGGCAUCUACUAUGCUUGUUACAUUCAGUCCAUAUGGUGGACCCUCACAGUCUGGAGAACGGUUCUUUCUCCACGAUUCCAUGCCGCAUUCAUCGGUUCGGCCUGUUUAGGAGUCGGGCUCAUCAUGCUUGCAAUUAUACUCCAGUUUCUUCAAGACCGGGAUGAGAAAAUUCGGGCUUUGAAUACCGAUACUGAAAGCAACGAGGAGACAUCUGCAGUAUAGGACUAUGAAAGAGGUAAAUUUGACUACGCAUUACUA